AUGUCCUCCAUUUGGAGCCUCACUACUCCUUAUGUGAAGAAGUUGCUUGGAUGGAAACAAGGCGACGAGGAAGAAAAAUGGGCUGAAAAAGCCGUCGAUGCCUUGGUCAAAAAGCUCAAGAAGAAAAAAGGAGCCUUAGAUGCCCUUGAAAAAGCGCUGAGCUUGCGAACACACCAGACAGAAUGUGUAACAAUUCCAAGGUCGCUCGACGGUCGACUUCAAGUUUCUCAUAGGAAAGGCCUUCCCCAUGUAAUUUACUGUCGAGUAUGGCGUUAUCCAGAUCUACAGACGCAUCACGAGCUCAAGGCGCUUGACUGCUGUCAAUUUCCAUUCGAUGCUAAGCAGAAAGAUGUGUGCAUUAAUCCCUAUCACUACACGCGAGUGGAAUCCCAAGUUUUACCCCCUGUUCUAGUGCCUCGAUAUUCCGAGUCUGUCGCGAGUCACAGCAUGCUCAACGGAAAUAACCCGUGUCCGGUGCCACCCUCUCCUGUACAAAGCCGUCCAAACGCUCCACCAAUGCCUCCUAAUCAGACCUACGCGCAAAACGGCUUCCCUCCCAACUUCCUUCACCCUGGUCCUCACGGCCCUCCACAUCCCAACAUCCCGACAUCUCAGGCUCCUUCGCCGUACGGUGACCCGCGAUUUCCUCCACACUCAGUGAUGCCAGGAAUGCCUGCUCACGGGGCGCCUCCACCAGCCCAUCCCGGAUAUCCGGGCGCGCACUAUCAGCAGCCAUCGCCACAGCAAAUGGCGCCAAGUCACAUGCCUCGACCGCCAGUCGCCCAGGUCCACUCACCGCAACUUCAAGGCCAAGGAACUGCACCAGAGCAACGCCAUCCAUCCCCUGCUCCUUCUCCUCCCCAUGUUCAAGGGCCGUGGUCACCAUUUGGUCAAUCUCCGCCGGCGGAUAUCAAGAAGCAGCCUCCCAUGACACCUCCUACUACGGGACACGAUCAACAUUCGAUCCAAAACGGCUCGUCUCCUCCACCAUUUGCCACGCCUCCAUCCCCUUCCUCGCCAAUUUCCACGCCCAUCCCUCCUCUUUCACCAGUUUCUUCGGCAAGUAUGAUGAUGCCUCCCCAGUCUCCAGGUGCACUGUCUACUGAGUCACUCGACGAGUCGAUGCAAUUCUCCACAGACGGCGAGAUCACAAAAACAGAGAAGACGACAGGAUUAGGGCCACCAGUCGAGCGAGAAACUGGCCGGCUCAACUUGACACGGAAUCCUUCCUACCGUCCCUCCAGACAUCCAUCACAGCCCAUCGCCUUCGACCAGGUGUGCUACUCAGAGCCAAAAGAUUGGGCGACGCUGUGCUACUACGAGUUGAACAACCGAGUUGGAGAAACUUUCAAUGUUCAUGUUCCUAGCGUUGUUGUCGAUGGGUUCACCGAUCCUAACACGAGUCCGAAUAGAUUCUCGCUUGGUUUAUUGUCGAAUGUAAAUAGAAACUCGACCAUUGAAAAUACCAGGCGCCAUAUCGGAAAAGGCGUUCAUCUGUACUACGUCGGCGGCGAAGUAUACGCAGAAUGUCUCUCCGAUUCAGCUGUAUUCGUCCAGUCCGUGAACUGCAACUACCAUCACGGUUUCCACCGCUCGACAGUUUGUAAAAUUCCUCCAGGUUGCUCCCUCAAAAUCUUCAACAAUACUGAAUUCGCUCAACACCUAUCGCAAUCCGUCAACUACGGCUAUGACAAAGUCUUUGAGCUGACUAAGAUGUGUACGAUUCGAAUGUCAUUCGUAAAAGGAUGGGGCGCAGAAUAUCAUCGACAAGACGUCACUUCAACUCCUUGCUGGAUCGAAAUCCACCUCAAUGGGCCGCUACAAUGGCUCGACAAGGUGAUAACGCAAAUGGGCAGCCCAUCACAGCAAAUAUCUUCUGUCUCCUGA